CAUUCGACUUUGGUCUCUCGGUUCUAGGGUUUUAGUUGUUUCUCUUCUCGACAAGAAGAAAGUUCCAGAGCGUGUGAAGAAGACGAAGACAUGGCGGCGGCUUUUUCUAGGGUUUUCGGAGGAUGCAGGACACUGAUGGCAAAGGCGGCGACUAAUGCGGCGGCGGCAGCAGGCAGUGGAGCUGGUAAAGAAGGAAAAGGGAUUCUCAAGACAGUUCCGGUCUCACAGACGCUGGCUAACUUCGCUGGAGAAAGCGAGCUCUCUCGUGCCACUGCCGUGAAGAAAGUGUGGGAGCAUAUCAAGGGAAACAACCUCCAGAAUCCGGAGAAUAGGAAGCAGAUCAUAUGCGACGAUAAGUUGAAGACCAUCUUCGGUGACAAAGACACAGUUGGAUUCACAGAGAUCGCAAAGCUCUUGUCUCCACAUUUUCCUAAGUCUGUCUGAUUUGGUGAUCUCAUUAUCAUUUUAGUUUGCUGUCUUUUGGUUCGUUUUUGAUGUAUAUGAAAAAGAAGCAAAACUCUGCUUGAUCCAUCGGUUAGUGGAAUAUUUAUGUAUUCUGACAAUUUUUUUAUCAUGAUCUGGUUUGAGUCUUCGGGGUCUAUUGAA